GAUACCUUGGGUGGUAAAGCUUCUUGUACUUUGACUCUUGGGGGCCGAGGCUUUAGUGGAAAGUGCUUGAAAACAAAGAAGAACACAACCAACAAGCUUUAUGCAUCUUGUUAUUCUUUUCGCAACUCUAGAACGUGAACUUUAAACGAAAGAUAAGAAAAAGAAUGUCUGAAGAAUUCAAUCCUUUUGCUGCCGAUGACAGUGGUACUGUCGACGCUGACACUAAUCCAUUUGGGGAUGACGAUGACGAAGAUCAUCAUGAUCAAGAUGAUUUUUUUGGACGUUCACCAUCACCUCCACCACAAAUUGUUAAUUCUGAAAUAGAAAUUGUUGAAGAUCGAAAACCAAUAAUUCAGACUGAUGAGAAAAAGACUGGAUUACCAUCAUAUACCUCACUAGAUGAAGAACAGCAAGUGGCCACCAUAAUGCGUUCUGUUUCUAUGGAUGAGGACAAUAUCAUUACCGCAAAUUCAGAUACUCAAGAUUUGUUUGUCAAAGUUGACAGUCCUGAAAAGCAUGUUGAGGGAUACGUUAGUUAUGCUGUUACGACAAAGACAACAAGGAAUGAAUUUGAUUUACAUGAAUACAAAGUACGAAGAAGAUACCAAGAUUUCUUAUGGCUGAGACAAAAGAUGGCAGAUUCCUGCCCAACCCAUAUCAUUCCUGCACUUCCUGAAAAAUUCACAUUUAGCAAACACAUCACGGAUAAAUUUGAUCCUGAUUUUUUGAAAACACGACAAAAAGCAUUGGAUAAAUUUAUGUCUCGAUUGGUUGAUCAUCCUGUGAUGUCUUUUAAUGAAAAUCUAAAGACAUUUUUAACUGCAAAAGCAUGGGAAAUGUCAACCGCACGUAAAAAAGGACCAGGUGCAACCACGAAAGUUGGUGGAACUAUGCGAAAUACAGCAGCUCAAUUCAUGAUGAAGAAUCGCGAUGAAGAAUUUAACCAAAUAGGCACUUACAACAUUCAAUUUCAAGCUAAGAUGAAGAAAUUUUCAACUAUUGCUGACACUGUUGCACAGGAGAGAUUUUACUUACUUGAUGAUUAUGCAGAAUACGGUUCAGGUUUUCGCUUAUGGGCAAAUUCUGAAUCUCGUUUGGCUGACACAUUAAGUGCAGUAGCUAACAGCUUGGACAAAAGCUCUGAAAGUCUGAAAAAUAUUUUGCGCGUCCACGAGCAGAGAAUAUGUGAACCAUUGCGAGAAUACGCACUCUACUGUGAAUCCGUAAAGGUCGCUUUAAAACGUCGAGACCAAAUUCAAAUCGAGCACGAACUGUCUUCAGAAGAGCUGCAAAAGAGGAGAGCAGAGAAGGAAGAGAUUGAAUCAACAGGUCAAGCCAAAUCUUUGUCAACAUUAUUUGGUAAAGAUCCUGAACAAGUUAAAGAGGAGAAACUGACAAAACUUAAUGAACAGAUCCGUGAUUUGCAGAGCGAGUCUGAGGCACUCUCAGAUAAGCGUGCUACAGCCGAUCAGGAUUUUAGGGCUGACAUGGAACGCUGGCAGAAGAACAAGAAAAGAGACAUCAAAGCACUUCUGCUGGAGAUUGCUGAAAGACAUAUCAAAUUUUACGAAGCUAACGUUGCUGCAUGGCAAACAGCUUUGGAUGUGAUUGGUCAGCCCAGCGGUGGAGAGUGAACAAUAUGGAGAAUUUAUUAUUUUUUUUUAUAUUAGAAAUAAUGACAAAUUUUAUACUUUCUUCGUAGAAAAUUAUUUUCACAAAACACCGAGUUUCCUUGUUGGUCGCAAAUAUUUUUUUAGCUACCAUGCACUUUUAGGCUUUUAUUUGUCAGAAAAUUUCGCGAAGAUAAGCUUUCGCAGUUCCAAAGAAAAACCGUUAAGUUUUAACAUUUUUGCGAAUAAUUAACAGUUAAUGUUUACUUGUGAUGAUACGCGGAUUUUUUUUUCGCGGUUUUGUAAAGAAAUACCAAGCGAAACCGCAAGAUAUUCUUUCCACGAAACUUUCUGAGUCGUUUAUUUGCUUUUUAAUUUUCUCACAGAAUUAAAAUGGGAAUUUCUUUAUAUAUUUUGAGUAACUAAAUUGAUUCACAAACAUAUAUUAGAUGUUCCUGCGUUGAUUGGGACGUCUUAAGUUUUGUUCAUGAAUCUCCAUUUUUUAUGUGUUGACGUAAAACAACUUCGGUCCCAGGCCAACAAAUAUGCUAGGGACGGGGUCCCUUGCCAUGGCCAUGUGGGAUCGAGAUUGUAAAUAAGAAAUGUGUAUUUUGCGGAAUAUGUUAUUGUUUUAUCACGUGCACCAACAGGACGUCGGAAUGUUGAUCAACAAACAUGUAUGUUGUCCGUGCACGGCGCGGAAAAAACGUUAGUUAUGUAUUAAUAAAAAAACUUUUGAAAUUAUUUAUAAAAGCAUCUUUUGUGGAGA